GCUGCUGGGACCUGCCGGGUGACUCGAAGACGCAGAAAAGUGGACUAGCAUGCUCGCUCGCCUCCGCCUCUUCCACCCGCCACCCCGUCUUCCUCCUCCCCGCCUCCCCACAUUCACCAUGGCUACCCACACGAAGGCCGACCUGUCGCCGCCCCUCCUCCGUGGCAUGAAGGAGCUCGACCGCGCCGCGUUCCAGAAGACCAUCCCCAUCGUCGCCGCCAGGUUCCCCGCCCCAAUGAGCGAGGCCGUCAGGAGUUCACCAGCUAUCCGCAAAGCUUCUAUCUAUGUCCGCUCUCCCCUCGAACGAGUGGGCGACGACCGCUUGAUAUUGCUCGAUGCUCCGAAUGAAGAUGCGCUGCCCCAGGAGACCAAGGACUAUUGCAAGGAGCACUCCAUCUCCAUUGAACCUUACGGCCUCCACCUGGACUAUGAUCACUGGAACGUAGAGGAGAUCUUGCACUCCAUAAUGCCCGAGGACCUGGAGAGCCCGUCGAGUUUCACAUGUGUCGGGCAUAUGGCGCAUCUCAACCUGCGCGACGAAUUUCUGCCAUGGAAGCACAUUAUCGGACAAGUCAUUCUAGAUAAAAACCACAGGAUCCGGACUGUCGUGAACAAGACGGACACAAUCAGCCAGAAUAUCUAUCGUGUCUUCCCCAUGGAAAUACUGGCAGGAGAGCCGACCACUAUGGUGACACAUAAAGAAAGUGGCUGUAGUUUCAUCUUCGACCUCGCCGAAGUUUACUGGAAUUCUCGAUUGUCUCAUGAGCAUGAACGCAUAUUAAACCAAUUCAAGCCUGAAGACGUGGUAGCGGAUAUCUUUGCAGGUGUCGGCCCUUUCGCCCUGCCCGCCGCGAAGAAGGGGUGUGCUGUUUUGGCGAACGAUCUGAACCCGAACAGCUAUAAAUCCUUGCGUCUUAACAUCGAGAAUAACAGGGUGUCAGAACUUGUAAGACCAUCGUGUAUGGACGGCCGCGAUUUUAUUCGGGAUGUCUUCAACCGUUGUUACGAUGAGCCCAUGCCGCCCGUUCCCCCGCCGAAACUCAGCAGGGUCGAAAAGCGGGAGGCUCGCAAGAAGAGAGCGGAAAGGGAUCUUCCGCCGGCCCCGGACGCGCGACGAGAGGCAGCACGGAGGACACGCAUCACGCAUGUCGUGAUGAACCUGCCGGAGACGGCGAUCGACUUCCUCAACGAGUUCAACGGCGUGCUGGGCCCUGUGAAGGCACAGGGGCGGGGAUUGAGCGGGAUAUAUGAUAGCCCGGAGAACAUGCCGAUGAUCCACUGCUAUUGCUUCACAAAGAUAUUGGACUAUGAGGCCGCGACGGUCGAGAUUCGGCAGAGGGUGGAAGCUGCUUUGGGGGGAAAGCUGGAGGGGGACGUGGAGUCGGUCGCGGUGAGGAGGGUCGCGCCACACAAAGACAUGUACUGUCUGAGCUUCAGACUGCCGUACAAGGUUGCGUACGGAGGCACAUAGGCCGUGGGCCCUGUUGCAGCGGCGACGUACAAUAGUAUUCACACAGUUUAGAGUCUCUCUGAGC